CAAACCGUUUUACUCACAAGAAUCUCCGGCCCUAUUUGCAAGUGUGAAAGAAAUCAAUAUAUCGUUAGCUCACCCGUUUUUUUGGAAUUAAAAAUAUUUAAUAUCGAGCGGUUUGCAUUUAAUUUGAGAAGAAAAUAGAAUUAAAUAAGAAACUGAAAAGUAUUGACGGGAAAAUGUUGAGAAAAGAAGAAUGCCGUCUAUUUUUAAAACACAGCUACUGCACAUUUUUUCCGUGAAUAGUUUGCUUUCCUUACGCAAAGUUUCAAAAGUAAAGAAACAGAAACUCAUUUUUCCAUAAUAUCCAUAAGAUGCGAAACGAGAAAAUUUUUAAAGUCAAGAAACGCUAUGUGAAACGCUAAGUGAAGGAAAAGAUAAAAAAAGAAAAAGAAAGAAAUAUGAACAAAUUCAAUUGAGUGCAGGCAUUUCUCCUUAACGACGCUGAACCCAGAAAAAGCAAAUCAUUAAUUUCUAUUACGUUCAAAAUCGUUUGGUUCAGUUCAGCACACUGCAAAAACAAGUGUUACGCAAUUUCUUCCUUUUCACGAUCGAGUACCUGUGCGAUAAAUUAAAACAAUCACUCGUACAUCCCUUUCCUAAGUAAACGGGCAGCACGGGAAGUUGCAUAUUAAUUACAUUUUACGCAAACGUUUUCGUUGCAAAAUUUUUUAGAAUAAAUGCAUCAUUUAUAUCCAUCUUUCAAGGGAGACCUGCUAUGUCCCUUAGGUUUUCAUCCACAGACACGUUAUCCGACGAGAUGCAAGCGUUGUUUUCGUGACUACAAAGAGCAUACCGCACGGCGAGGUAGUGAAGAUGUGGCGGCGUCCUCACCAAAUCUUUCCGAUAAUUUUAAUUUGAGACCCUCGUCACGUACGUGGACGUCUACGCAAAAUCUGUCCUCACCAAACAACAACGAGAUCGUUGUCCACUUCAAUGUAGAGCUAAAAAGACGUCCCCAAUCGUGGACUUCAACACCGGAUCUCGACGAUGUCGAUGAUCGGCAAACGCUUAGUAAAGGAGGCAAUAUAGGCUCUGCGGAAAAUGAUGCUGAUAUUACCGUUAAACUGCCCAUGCCACCUCGUCGUCAUACCACCGCUUUAGAUUUAAAAGAGGUGGAGAACCCAACAUCUUCAAAUGUUAAUGCAUCAUCCUCAAAGUCGUCUCCGCUGAAAGAUAUUCCGGAAGACUUAAUCAUACGCUCUUCGGAUAGCUUAGCUGAAAGAGCUCGGAAAAUAAACACGUUGAAAAAACAACGCAGUCAAAAUUCUCGCGAGUCUAGUCGAGAACGUUCUAUACCUAAAAAAACUGAAGGGGACAAUGGCGACGAAGAAUCCACGAGUUUAGAACGCAGUAGAUCUUCUACAUCAUUUGGAACCAACAGCGUCAGCGAAGAAACUAAGCAUUUGUCUUUGCCUCCGAAAAAGCCAUCCAUUGUUAAUGACUCUCGUCCUUUGUCAGCACCACUGAAUGAUGUUUCUUCUUUGAGCUCGAAGUCCGUUGUGGCAGCCUUACCUCCUACUCCACCAAAAAAUUCCUACAAAUCCAAAACUUCGCCUUCAAACCAAACCACUUCUUCAUCUUCUUCUCCUUCCUCAUCGGUUACGACCACCUCUUCAACACGACGCAAGGAAUUGGAACGACAGAAAACUGCACAAGAUGUUGAAUUUAUGUUGAAUAUAAAGGAUAACCAUUACCGUGACAAAAAACUGACUCACGACAAUUUGUCUAUAACCACUGAGUUAGCAGAUGUCGGUCAUGCCAUUAGUGAUCAUGAACGUGCGGAGGAAAUUAAAAAUCUACGUUUAGAAUUCGAUGCGAUGAAGACACGUGCUGAAAAGGCUGAGCGAGAAAAGAGCGAUUUAUUGUUGAGACGUUUGGCUUCCAUGGAAACUGCACCAAAUCGUACAGCUGCGUCCGAGGCUUUAAUGCUACAAAAAAAAGUCAAUGAGUUGAAAGAUCAAUUGGAUAAGAUAAGUGAAGAAAAGCGUAAACUAAAUACGCGAAUGAAAGAUUUGGAGAACAAUCCCAAAAGCACGGAGCAUGAGCUGAGACGAAAAUUGCAGGCGGCAGAACAAAUCUGUGAAGAGCUAAUGGAAGAAAAUCAAGAGGCUAAAACCGAAAUUGUAAAUCUUCAAGCUGAAAUGGACGAAUUGCAAGAUACUUUCCGCGAAGAUGAUGCGAAGGCGAAAACUAGUUUACAAAAAGAUUUGGAGAAGACUACUAAGAAUUGUCGCAUUUUAAGUUUUAAACUAAAGAAAUGUGAACGAAAGAUUGAAACGCUAGAACAGGAGCGGCAAAAUAGCGGUAACGAAGGGCUAAAUGCUCGCAUCAAACAAUUGGAGGAGGAACUACGAUUUUCAAAUGAAUUAACCAAAAAAUUACAAAUUGAAGCUGAAGAGUUGCGAAAUCCAGGUAAGAAAAAAACACCCACAUUAGGUGUAUUGGGUAAAUCAACUUCGGCCGAUGGUCGCAUUACAAGGGAAUCUUUAACCAGAGGGGGGUCCCAAGAAGAUCCUCAGCAAUUAUUAAGAGAUUUGCAAGACUCUGUAGAACGUGAAUCCGAUCUUAAGGACCAAUUGAAGUUCGCUGAAGAAGAAGUAAGUAAACUGUGGACACGGCCAUUAAAGGCGAGGAAUGAUACCAAUCAGGGAACUCAAACAUCGUGGGAAAGUAACGAAAUUUUACAUUUUCCACGAGCUUCACAAACAGAACUUAUAGAAAUGUUUGACGUUUGUUUACAAACUGAUGAUGGCAGUGAGAUUGCCUGCUUUUCUCAUGCCACUCAGAUGAUUUCAAAAGAAAAGCAAGACGUUUACGCUCAAAUUGAUGAUAGUUAUAAUAUGAAGCUAAUGCCUGAGCCGCAAAAUAUAAAUAUAAACUAUGUGGCGACAGAGGAUGUGACCCCCGUGGCUUUACCGGUAGGGGUUUGGGAUAUGCAAAAAACAAUUAGAGCUUUGAGCAAAGAGGAUUCAACACUUUCUGUUAUCAUACCAUCAGUGACCAGUUUACGGACUUUCUCGUUUCCUUCCAUAUCUCAGUCAUCUUUGCUGUUUCCAAAUGUUAUUUCUCGUGCCCUUAGAUCUAGAUCUUGUCAUGGGGCAGCUCAGAAACUUAGCUCUGUACCGCCUCGUGUGUCGGUUGAAAUAAACGCAGAACGAGAUGAAGGCAUUUCAGAUGAGGAUGAUCCAGCUGAACUUCGUAUUUUGUUAGAGCUCAAUGAACAAGAGGCUUCUAUUCUACGCCAGAAAGUCGAGGAACUCGAAAAAGAGAAUUCACAGGUCAAAAAUCACAUACGGGAACUGCAAGACCAUCUACGUUCCGAUAUUGCUGCCGAUAAGCGAACUUCGUUUGCUUCUUUUGCUUCUUUUGGCACUUCAGAAAAACGUUUAAAGUCACUAAACGAAGAGUUGGAUAAAUUGAAGAAGUCUCUUAAAGAAAAAGAUAUACAAAUUGGGCGUUUGCAAGCGUCCCAAGCUUCCCAAGAUGUAAAGACAAUAAGUUCUAAACUUUCUUCUUUAGAAGGUGAAAACGAACGUUUGCAAAAGGAGGUGAAAUGUCUGCAAUUGCAGGCGUUACGUUCCAGUUCAUCUUUAGAAAAAGUGAAUAAUUCAGCAGAGUUGGCUACGCUAAAGGACACACUAAACAAGGCAGAAGGAGAACGUGAUAUAUUACGCACCAAAUUAAAACGCAUUCUCCAAGAAGCUGAAGAGAAACUACCGCCAAAAACUGCAAUACGCAUAACAGACUUAACACCUAAAAAUCAGCUAAAAAAAUGGCUGGAGGAAUUAGGCGAAGAGAACAACGAGAUGAGGGCCAUAGUGUUAAAGUCGGAUGCUCAACUCGUGCAAAAAUUGGUUUCGGAAAAAAAAUCAAUGGAAGAAGAUUUGAACAAGUAUAAAGAAAAACUAAAGCAAAUUGAAAAUGAACUACAAACAGUGAAAGUCUCUGCAGUAUCUGCAACUAAGAUGCACGACCUAGAAAAGUGCCUUAAAAAGUCCGAAGAAGAAGCAAGAAGCUUAAAUAACAAAAUUAAGGAAUUGGAAGAGAAAAUUAAAAAGCAGGACAAUGAGGUUAAACAGAGCGAAAGCAAUAAAUGCCUCUUGGAGCAGCAAACUAAAGCCGAUAAAGAGAAAUUUGUCAAGUUGGAGAAGGACUAUGAAAAAGAACGAAAGGAACGUGAAAAGCUUGAAGGGAAAUUAGUAACGAAAGAUUCAGAACUACAAGCUGCUCGUAAAAUAACCGAGAAAACUAAGCAAUCUUUAGAAAAGGAAAUCAAAGAGCUUAAAUCAAAGGGAUCUAAAACGGAUUCUAAGCAAAUUCUAGAUUUAAAAAAACAAAUAGAAGGCUUACAAGAAUCUUUGGCAUCUGAAUCGAAACGUUGUGCUGAACUGAAUUCACAAUGGGAAAAGCUCUCCGAGGAGACAAUACUGUCGAAAGCUCAAUUAACCACAGAAAAAGCUAAUCUUCAAAGCGAACUAAAUGUUGCCAAGCAGAAAAUCUCUGACCUAAAUGAUGUCCGAGCGAACCGCAAUGAAUUGACUAAGAAAUUAAAUGAAGCUCAGAAGAAAAUUCAAGAGCUAGAACAAAAAUGUCUUAAAUUCGGAGCAUCAGAUUAUGAAAAAACAAUGCUACAGAAUAAACUUGCUGAGCGGAACCAGGAAUACGAUCGCCUUCGGCGGGAGAAUGAAAUGAACAUUGACUUAGUUUUUCAGUUGAGAAAAGAUAAUGACGAGUUAAAUAAAAAGCUUAAUGAUUUUAGCCGCAUAGAACAAAUACAAUCAUCAAUAAAUACGCAAAAUGCUGCUUUAGAAAUUGAAGUCAAAUCAUUGAAGACACAAUUAGAAAACACUGAAUUGCAAAUGAAAUCCGAAGUUGCAGCUACACGUUUACGUUAUGAACAACAAGUUAAGAAUUUGAGUACGGAAUUGACAUCCAUGCAUCGUCAAUGUGAACGUUUUAAAAAGGAUCGCGAUGCCUUUAAGCAAAUGCUUGAGUCGGCCCAAAAAAAAAUAGGCGACUUGAAAGCUAACAGUAGCGGACGACAAAGUCGAACUUCUAUGCAUAGCAGCGAUGAGGACGACAAGAGCAAAAUAGCUUAUUUGGAACAGCAGAUUGGUUGUUUGGAAGAUCAGUUAGUUGAGUCGCGCCUGGAGGUUAGCAAAGUGAAAACUGAGCUGGUUUCGGAACGUAGUGCAAAUGAAAUUAAAAUAUCUGAAAUGCAAUCAAAACUCAAUGAAUUUGAGGAAGAACGUGUUAUCGGUUCAGGUCGAACUAAAAUACCGGGUAUGAAGACUAAGCUAGAAUUAUCGUGGCAAAAGGAACGCGAAGAACAACAACGAUUGCUACAGGAGACCUCAACUUUGGCUCGUGACUUGCGUCAAACUUUAUUUGAGGUAGAACGUGAACGGGAUAAGGAACGGUUAGAAUCGAAACGUCGUACAGAUCAACUGAAGCGGGCCAAUGAAGAGGAAAUGGAAGAAGGGCGCAAAAAAAUUGCUGAAUUGCAAUGUGAUUUACUAGAGCUACGUGACGUUCACGCCAAGUUAAGAACCUCAAAUGAAAAACUAAGGCGUGAGAGGGAACGUUAUGAAAAGGAGCUGAUAAAACGCCGCAUGGAACAAGAAGGCGGUGAGCGUAAAAUUGGCAGCCUACUCCAUACGGUGGAUGAGCUUUUAAAAAUAGCUCCAAACUUAAAUCAAGUGGAAAUCGGCAGAAGUCCCAAUGAAUUAAAGCCUUGUACGCAGGCAGCUGCUGCUGCUAAAAGGAGUAGAAGUCCGUCACCAUCUUUGAAUACCUUAAAUGUAGGUAAUAAGCUGGCACGUUUAGCAGAAGCAUCAGAGGAGUUUAGGAAAUUCCAACGUAUAAACGAAGAGGAACAUGAACGUUCUCGUCUGCGUCGAAAUUUGAGACGUGCGGCAUCUCAAGAGAAUGAUACCCACGGAAGUCAAAGUUCUGUAGCUAGCGCAAUGAGCUUACAACGUAAUGGUGUAAAAUUAUCACGGACAACUACUAACGGCAGCGUUAUGCGUAAAAGUCUAUCGUUAGAUCAAUCUAUACAAAGGGAUCAAAAUAUAUGGUGUCAGGAUGAGGGUAGUGUAUCUUCCAUGCAGUCAAUUGACUCUGAAUUGGGUGGUUUGGUACGUGAUUCUAGCAUGGAUUCCAGACUGGACUCUCGUUUAUCUGGAGGCUCGACGCAAAGUGAUAUACCGCGAGGACCGCGCAAAAAGAAGAAGGGUUUAAUCGGUAAAUUAAGAAGUUUGACUAUGAGCAGCCGUAAUUCCGAAAGCGAAAUAUCGAUUCAAGGUUCAGAUUCCGACAUUAGUGUAGCAAGCGAUAUGAGAGCGAGCAAGAAAGAUUUGCGUAACCGAUUUUCCGGCAUGUUCAAACGUUCUGGCUCAACAUCACGUAGUGCCAGUACUGAGCGAGCGCCCAGCGAACAAAGGCCUGUAGCUGUAACAAUAGUGGGGGGUGAGAAUGGGCCAUUACCACGCGAACCGCCGCCGGCAAAUUCGAUGACACCAAAGCCCAUACGAUCGGUUUCUAAACCCCCUACGCCAACGCCCACAACACCGUUAACCCGACGACGCCUUGCCAAAUGAUAGCGAAUUUCUCUCUAUUGAGCACUUAUAUAUUAUAUUAUACAUAUUUGCUAAAAAUUAGUAAAAAUGAUUUAGAUACUGGA